GGCAGAGCGGGCGGUGGGAGCGCGCUGGGCCGCGGCCCCCUCUCGCCGCCAUGUUCACAGACGCCUCCGCGCCCGGUGCUGAUGUGGAGUCGCUGUGGAGGAGCGCCCGGAGCGGCCGCUGCGAGGCGAAAAGCUGCCAGACUAGGAAAAUUUCAACGGUGGAAGCUGCAGCUCAGUCUCACACCAGCCGAGACGCCAGUGUGCAGACAGAGCAAAGUCAAGAUGUUCCCUGUGACUUCCAGCAAAAGGUCCAGGUAGAUUACACUGGCCUUCAGUCAUUCCUGCAGAGAGUGGAGGACACUGUUAUCAAAGAGCUAAAGAAGAACUGGGAAAGCCGUGCCUUUGAUGGCUUUGAAGUGAACUGGACAGAUCAGAAUGAAACGGUGUUGUGUUUGCAUACAUUGUCAUACCCAGAGGCUCAGGAGCAAAACCUGCAGGUUACCAGCGUCUCAUGGAAUGCAACUGGAUCCGUUGUUGCAUGUUCAUAUGGCCGGUUGGACGAUGGGGAUUGGAGCACAGAAAAAUCCUAUGUUUGUACCUGGAAUCUGUACAGAAGAGGGUUGAACCCAAAGCACCCUGACCUAGUGGUGGAUGUUCCCAGCUCUGUCAUGUGCCUGGCUUUCCACCCUUCCCAGCCUUCGCUGAUAGCUGGUGGCCUCUUCAGCGGGGAGCUGGUGGUGUGGGACACCAGCAGAACAGAGGACCCGGUGAUCUUGAGGACAGGGAUGACGGAUGACACUCACACAGAUCCAGUCUAUCAGGUGAACUGGUUGCCUGAUGCCAAGCACAGAAACCAGUCCCGGCUGCUGAGUGUGUCAACGGACGGGAAGAUCCUGGUGUGGAGGGAGGAGGGAGACGGGCGGCUGGUCCUGGCUGAAGGCUUCGCCUUGGUGGCACAGCAGAUCCCUCGUACCUCUUGGCUGAAGAAGGUCGCCUGUGGAGAGGCAGCGGUCGGUGUCACCUCACUGUCUUUCUCCCACUUCGAUCCCCGGGUGUUCGUGGUGGGUGUGGAAGGUGGUUACCCCCUGCAGUGCUGCAUGGCUGCAGUGACACCAGCUCUGCACUGCACAGGCAGCUCUGUGCCGCUGCGGGCACCGGCAGAACUCGCCUUCUCCCCACACGGCGGCCCCGUGUACUCCGUGAGCUGCUCCCCCUUCCACAGGAACCUCUUCCUGAGCUGUGGGACUGACGGACAGGUCCACCUGCACUCCAUGCUGCAGACACAACCCCUCAUUUCCCUUCAGUUAUCAAAGAAAUACCUGUUCUGUGUACGCUGGUCUCCAGUCCGACCGCUCGUCUUCGCGGCUGCAUCGGGUGACGGAGAGGUGCACCUGUUUGACUUCGAGAGGAGCUCACAGAAGCCGGCUGUAUCCAUGAAGCAGACUGCAGGCAAACACCCCGUGUACUGUUUGGAAUUCAACAUGAAGCAAACUCAUCUCCUGGCCGCAGGGGACGCCACUGGAGCCAUCAAAAUCUGGCAGCUCAGUUCAGACUUCACUGAGCAGCGACCCAGGGAAGUGACACAUCUGGAGCAGCUGGCAAGUGAGAGCACAGACUGAGGUGGCAGCACAGCCACCUGUGACAAGCCUGGUACUUCUCUGCCUCCAUAAGUGUUCCACUCACCUCUUCCACAGCACUGACCUAAGAAACACUUUGCAAUGACAGUGGGAGUUUCAUCCAUGCAUCAGUUAAACUCUCAUUGAACCAUGAAACACAGGCUGCUGUGGUUCGACCAGUAACUUUUAUUGAAGCACACUGCACCAUGUUUUGUUUUCCCUAAGAGUUUUAAGCUAAGCAGUUUAAGGUUACAUCAUAAAGUAACACUGAUUAUUGUAGAGCACGAAGAGAGAGAGAGACACAUGCAGAGCUACAGU